GGGAGGACGAGGUUUUCUGGAGCGAUCCUAGCAUAAUUUCAAAAAUAGAUGAAGUUGUAAAUGCAAAUGUGAAAGAGCCGAUGUCAAAGACAGGGUUAGAAGAAAUUCCAUCAUUUUCUAUUGGACUGACUCAAGAAGCAACAAAUAAUUUAAAUGUUGAUGUUGGGCAGCCCAGUGUGCAGACUAACAAGGUUCAAGAAGAUACACCAAGAGGGGUUCAAGAAUAUACUCCAGAACGGGUAGUGCAAGUUCCACUUGGAGAUUUAAAUGAAGUGGCAUUGCGAAGACAAGGGAAAGCGACAGCGUAUAUGAAAUCGCCAUUCAUGUGCAGGGUAGUUGAUCCAACAAAGACCUAUAAUGGCCUUGAAAAGCUAUUUGGUAACUGGGUUUCCAAAAAAAAAGGGGUGGACAUGUGAGUAAAUGUGUCUGUCAAUGUAAAGUGCAUUAAGAUUUUAGUAAGUGUGCUAUAUAUGUUGUUCGUAUAAACACAUUGGGUUAUUGACAGUGCGGAGAUAAUUUUCAAGUACAAAGACCUGAAGGUGACAAGAGACGAUAUGCUGACUUUGGAAGAAAAUAGACACAUAUCUAUCAGUCUGCUUGACGCUUGGUCUACCAUAUUGAACACUAAGGAAAAGAUUCGAGCCGAGGGCUCACCAUGUCGUUUUUUUGCACCAGCAUAUCCAUGUGUAAGAAUACAUUAAUUUGCC